GCCACACCAUGUUUUGUUCAGCAAUACGUAAGAUUUUAUUAAAUUCACAAAAUGCGGCUAAAUACACGGCUAUUACGCUACAACUACGAAAUCUUCGAGGACAACAAGCGACCCAAAAAGAGGUCGAAGUGUUUUGCUCACAAGAUGUAACCAAAGAACGCAAUGACAAGGAAUCGGAGCCGGCUAUUCAAGAAAACUCCAAACAAGUGGCUUUGGAUUUUGGAAAACGGGAGGCGCAUGUGCCUUCCUUUAAUUUGGCGGCCUAUGUGAAUAACUCCAGUACCUUGCAGCAAUUAAUAAGCUUAGGAGUGAAUCUGCACAGCAUCGAAAGGCGUAAAGGACUGGGCGACUUCGUACUUAAGCUGGAUUUCGAAAAGAAUGUGAAGCCCUAUAUAACCUUUCUUGUGGAUCAGGGAAUUUCCCCCGAUGACUUCGGCAGGAUGUUCACCAAGAAUCCAUUGCUAUUCAAAGAAGAUCUGGAUGAUUUGCAGACCCGUGUCGAGUACCUGAAGAGCAAAAGAUUUUCUAAUGAAGCGAGGCAGAGGAUCCUUACCCAUAAUCCAUAUUGGCUGAUGUUCUCCACGAAGCGCGUAGAUCGUCGAUUGGGUUACUUUCAAAAAGAAUUUCGGUUGAGUGGUCAUGACCUCCGACUUUUGGCCACUAGGGAACCCAAUGUAAUUACCUACAACAUGGAGCACCUGCGGAAGUCCGUUUUUACCCUGAGGGAAGAAAUGGGCUUUAAUCAAAAGGAACUGAGUGCACUGGUGGUCCGAAAGCCCCGAUUAAUGAUGACUCCUCCUGAUGAUCUUAUCGAGCGAUUCAGUUACAUCCACCAGGAUAUGGGCCUUUCCCAUGCUCAAAUUGUCCAGUGCCCAGAACUGCUGGCGUCACGAGAAUUUCGACUGCGAGAACGUCAUGAGUUUUUGAAACUACUAGGCCGAGCUCAGUACGAUCCCAAGAAAGAUAUGUACAUCUCUCCCAAAAAAAUAGUGGAAGGCAAUAACUUUUACUUCCUGCGAAAUGUGGCUAAAGAAUCUUGGAUUGAACUGAGCACAACAGCUGCGAUGGCUGGCAUCAAAAGCCCCGACAGAAUCACUCCGUUGCCAUUUAACAAUGGCGAGGAGUACCUGAGACUUCUGCGCGAGGCCCAGCGCGAAUCGAACCAGUCGAGCCGAGUCGUCUCCUUGGCCAGCUCCCGUCGUGAUACGCCCCGUGAUAGCCCCAAAAGUCCACCAAACAGUCCCCAGUCGGAACUCUGUCCGGACGAUGAGCUCAGAAACGUCUACAUCAACUACUGGACCAAGGGUGGAGAUAAACAGAAUGCAGACAACGGAGAUUGGUUGAAGAACUGGAAUCGCAACGCAGAGGAGCAGCCACCCAAAAGCUGGAAAUUCGAGGCUAUUAGUGGCGAUGCCGGCGACGAGGACGAGAAAAAGAAGACUAACACAGGCUACUCCAUCAGAUUGAAGCGUCUGGGCUCCAACUCGUUGUUCUCCCGCGAAAUUCUCUACUCGCUGCUGGUGACCAACGUCCUGUCCUUGCUGCUGGGCGCCGGCUUUGGAUUGUGGUUGAGCAAGCGUGGCAUACUCCUUACCCGUGUGGUCAUUGACUGAAAGAUGCCAUAAA